AUGGCUGCAAUCAAACCCUCAACUCGCUAUGCUAAAAGCCUUAACAGUUCCACAAAAUCUGACCCUUCUUCAUCCACCGAGUUCCCAACAUCACGCACCACCUCACGCACCGUCACGAAAGCUACCACCAAUAAAAACAUCACUGCCGCCGACAGCAUUAAUCUGAACUUCAUGGUCAAGAAAUUUAUGGAAAACAAGAAGGCAAAGAAUUCCAGUAAAGACCCAAAAUUCAUUGUGGCUGCUAAUUUUUUAGCCGAGGAUUUGAAAAAGAACAGCGCCAAGAAGGCUACCGGAUUAAGUGGGCUGCACAAGAAGCUAUUCAAGGGUUCAUCAGGGGCAAAAAAAGAAGAUGAAAGCUCGAAGAAGGCGUUGACUGAGGUAAAAGGGAAUACCAGGACUUUGGCUAUGGUGUUGAGGAGUGAGAGGGAGCUGUUGAGUGCAAACAAGGAGCAGGAGCAGCAGAUAGCUGAGCUUAAGUUGCUAAUUGAAGAGAAAAAUGGCGAGGUUGAGAAGCUGAAAGAUUUGUGCUUGAAGCAAAGGGAAGAAAUAAAGUCUCUUAAAAGUGCCAUACUUUUCCCAGAUGUGAUGAAUUCACAACUUCAGGAGUUUUUAGAGAAGCAGGGUUCAGAACUUCAGCAGGCAAAACAACUUAUCCCGAGUCUUCAGAGGCAAGUCACUUCUCUUACCGGCCAACUACAAUUUCUUGCUGAGGAUCUAGCUGAGGUGAAGGCUGAGAAAUAUUCAUCGGGAGGAUAUUGUGACAAUCGUGUUAACUCUCCAAGGACACCGUCAUACGAUCAAGAUGAAGAAGCAAAUUCUCUGUUUGGUAAUGAGUUCAGCUCGGGAGAUUACACAACUCCGGGCAGUCCAGACGACAUGUUUCUCAAAGAUUUAAAUCCCUGUCUAACUCCAAAUUAUGCCAAGACAAAGUCCAAGGAAUUUGAGGCAUAUAAUUCCCGGGAUGAGGUGUAUAAGUCCAAUAUGCAAAAUUGCAAUGGAUUUAACACAUAUACAAGGAAGCUAUCUAAAAGUUCAGACCGUAGCCAAUGCUCAAAGACAGGAAGUGGUUCCAUUCGUGCAGCUCGGAGGUCUGAUGAGAGCAAAUGCAACUACAGAAAGCCAAUGAAUCAUUAA